UAACGUAGAAAACCUUGACAUUUGUAUACAUGCAUAUAGGUAUAUAGCUACCGAGUCAUCAGUUUCCGCCGCCUCUUUGUCCCGACUUGAGAGGAAGUGGAAGCGCCCAGUCCAAAGACUGCUAUUUUUUGCUGCCUUUUUACAACAAAGAGAAGAGAGUUUUUGGUUCAAAAGAUCAUCAAAAUUCGCGAUUCACUCCUUUGUCGGCAUAACCGUUUGACGACUGUCGCCUCAAGAGAAUAAUUACCGGUACUAUUAAAGGAGAAAAUCAGUCAGGCAUCAUGGCUUGGGUUCCACUUGAAUCGAAUCCCGAGGUUAUGACCAAGUUCAUACAUAAGCUUGGUGUGCCUACAAAAUGGGAACUGAUGGAUGUGUACGGUCUGGAUCCAGAGCUUUUGGCGGUGCUGCCAAAGCCAGUUGUAGCCCUCAUAUUGCUCUAUCCUAUUUCACCAAAGACAGAAGACUUUAAAAAUGAGUUAGAGAAGAAAGAAAAGGACAGUGGUGCUAAUAACAAUAAAGUUUAUCAUUUAAUUCAGUAUGUAUCGAAUGCUUGUGGAACAGUGGCAUUAAUUCAUAGUGUGGCCAAUAAUCUCAAUCGAAUUGAACUUGAAGAUGGAGUACUGAAGAAAUUUUUGGAAGAAACCAAAGACUUAACUUCUCAACAAAGGGGUGAAAAACUGAUGGAGGCUCAAGGUAUUAGCAGUACCCAUGAGGACUUUGCGCAAGAAGGACAAACUGAGGCACCAAGUGAAGAUGAGAAAGUCAUCCAUCAUUUUGUGGCAUUUGUUGAAAGGGAUGGAUCGAUAUAUGAACUUGAUGGUAGAAAGCCAUAUCCCAUCAAUCACGGAUCAUCUAAUUCUGAGACGUUCCUCGAAGAUGCCGCUCGCAUAUGCCGAGAAUACAUGAAUCGUGAACCAGGAGAAGUCCGCUUUACCAUGAUGGCAUUAGCAGCAGCUGAAUAAAUUCGUUCAAUGCUCUAUGUUCAAUGUUCAAUGUGAUCAAACAAAACAAGCUUUUUAUAAGAUAAUGUAUUCUUUUUUGCCAUAUAUAUUUUUAUAAUUUGUCAAUCAACUAAUGGUUGAACACAAUUGAUAUUUUCAAAAUAAUGUAUUUAAAAUGCAAACUUUAUAAAGCAAAUAUAAAAUGAAUGUUUCGCUAAA